GGCGCGGUGACGUCACGAUCGCAAGCAUUAUAAGUGCGCGCGCGCAGUCCCGCGCUCAUUCGCUAGUUCGCGCGUCCGCCGCGCAUCGUAUUAUCAGCCGUGAACAGAGCACCCGCGAAUUUUGAAAAAGUGAUUUACUGUGCAUCAAAAUGCCGAAGAACAUUUUAGCCGAGAUGGGCUCCCAGGUGGGGCUAACUCCCGCCCGUCAAAAUAAAAAGGAAGCAGAAGAAUGGGCUCGACGGCAGAGCGGUCCGAUGGUCAAUCCUUCUUUCGAACCCGACGAUUUUCUCCCUCAAAGUUUAUCACCAGUAAAAGAUGAGAAGAAGAAACCGGGAGACAAGGGUAUAUUCCUUGUCAACAUGAAAGAAAAGAACCUUCAAGAAGUUGAAGAAUACGAACCUUAUGAUAACAGAGUCGUCGAGCAUCCCACUACGAACACAGAAACUCUCCUGCAUUUGCUAAAGGGAAGUUUAGGUACCGGUAUACUAGCGAUGCCACACGCAUUUGCAAAGUCAGGAUAUGUGGUCGGAACCAUUGGGACGCUUGUCAUCGGAGUACUCUGCACCUACUGCAUCCACGUGCUUAUCGACUCGUGCUACGUUCUUUGCAAGCGGCGGAAAGUGCCUUCCAUGUCGUACACAGCGGUCGCUGAAGCGGCUCUUUUAGAAGGCCCUGACUGGUGCAAAGCCUGCGCUCCUUAUGCUGCGCACGUAGUAAACGCGUUUUUGCUAAUCUAUCAGAUUGGUACAUGCUGUGUUUAUGUGGUUUUCGUGUCUGAAAACAUACAAUACGUUCUAACCAAGCACUUCGAGCUGAACGUCAGUGUAGUUGAAGUCAUGCUGUAUAUCCUGCUGCCUUUAGUACUGAUAAAUUGGGUCCGAGAUCUAAAAUACUUGGCACCGUUCUCGGCGAUAGCCAAUGCAGUAACUAUCGUCAGUUUCGGCAUUAUCCUAUACUACUUGUUCAGAGAAGCUCCUACUUUGGAAGGUAAAUUGCCUGCGGGGAAGAUCGCUGAUUUCCCACUCUUCUUUGGAACUGUGUUGUUUGCUUUGGAAGCUAUUGGUGUGAUUUUGCCACUGGAGAACGAAAUGAAGACGCCCAAAGACUUUGUUGGAAGUUGUGGAGUCCUGAACCGUGCCAUGAUAAGCAUCAUCAUUUUGUAUAUUGGUAUGGGCCUGUUUGGAUACCUGACGUACGGAAAUGCAGCGGCCGGCAGCAUCACUCUUAAUCUACCUUCUCAAACUGAGACGCUUGCAAGUGUUGUUCAAUGUCUCUUGGCGUUUGCUAUCUUUAUCACUCACGGUCUCGCCUGCUACGUCGCCAUUGACAUUUUAUGGAACGAGUAUAUCGGUGUUCGGCUCUUGAAUAGUUCUCAUCGGAUCCUUUGGGAGUACGUGUUAAGAACCCUCAUCGUGCUGGUCACUUUUGGAAUAGCUGCUGCCGUUCCAGAGCUUGACCUGUUCAUCUCGCUGUUUGGCGCUCUAUGCCUGUCCGCUCUCGGUUUGGCCUUCCCGGCAUUCAUACAAAGUUGUACUUACUGGUACUACGUUUCUGACUCUGAACGCAUCAGAAUGAUCAUAAAGAACGCUAUAGUAGUGCUCUUCGGCGCCCUCGGACUUGUCGUGGGUACCUGGACGUCCCUAGAAGGAAUUAUCGUGAAGUUCUCUGGCCAUGGUCAUAUCAUGAACGCCACUAACGCUUCUGAAGCCACCAUCUUCAAUGAAACAAGUUUGAUGCCUUGAACAAUGUUAGCUUUUAGUAUAUCAGUGCCAUUAUGUUAUAUAACCGUCCUUGGCAUGUAAGUACAAUAUCGAAGAAUAGGAGAAACGAACAUCGUACAAAAUCUGACACCAUAAGUAGUCUACAGUGUAUUAUUAAGUUAUCUCCAUAUUUUGUUACUAGUUUGUUAUAUUAUAUCUAUGUAAAAUGUGUAAUAUAAUAUGUAAAUAUAACCAACUAAAGAGUAUUAUAAAUAUAUGCUUAAAUAUAUAAUCUAUGCUACACAAAUUUGUAAUAGCAAUAUUCAAAUAUUAAUUUAUUAUAAUUAUUGAAAAAAAGUUUUGGUCAUAAAUCAUGUAUAGAAUUUAUUAUAAUAAGCAAUAAUUUAUUUUUAUUAAAUAUUAUUCCGUACUAUUAUUGAAUGAAACCUCUGGCAACACAAGUGCUUUAAAUGUAUAGAAUUAUUAUUUUUAUAGUUGACACAUUAUUAUAUUAUUAAGAGUAAUAGCGGCUAAGUAAUUUUGAGCCUCGAUUUUUUCAUUAUGAGACAGCUGAUUUCUGAAGUAAGCCGAAUCAGUUGCGAGGUAAAGAAUUUAAAAUAAUCCAGUUAAAGUAAAUCGUUAAGUCUAUAUAAGGAAAAAAGUUUUUAUUUCGGCGUUAAGUUAACAAUUUCAUCACAGUAUUGCUGUCGUGUUUAUGAAAAUAUAUAUCAAUUUAAUUACUAGGGUAGAAAUGACCUUUUUACGGACACUUAAUUUAAAAACUCGCUGGACUAAUAUUAUAAUCGUAAUUCGAAAAGUCAGAACCGGAAGACUUUUUUUAUAUUUGAUUGUAUUAUGUGUCAUCCAUUUCGAUAAUUAUUUCGAUUUAAAUUUGAUAUGGAACAGGAGAGUGAGACCUAACUGUAAUACUUUACCUCGCAGCAGAAUUUAUUGUAUGAUUAAAAUGUUUUAAAAAUGUAGUUUGUAAGUAGUUUUAAAGUGACAGUGAGAAUUUAUAAUUGAAAGAAUAUAACGGCAUUUCGAUAGAAUAAGACAUACAUUCAAGUUUUUCCUAUAUAUGCAGUCGAAGACAAAAAAAAUUGACCAAACGAUAUCGUACAUACAGGCAUUUUUACUGUUAUGACCUCGCAAAAUUUGUUACCAAAACGAUAUUUUGUUAUUUACAUUUAUGUUACGCAGGCCGGAUACGUAUAAAUUAUUUAUAAAGAUUUGCCAAAACGAAAGAUUCCUAUUUAUUUAUACAAAUUAAAAGUUUAUUUAAUUUCUACGUAUGUAAUAUUGUUAUUUUUUUUAUUAUCUGUAUCCAAUUUGCAACUACAACAUAAUGGUCCGGUCGUGAAUUUUAAUAAUUAAUCUGUGAUGUUAUGUAAUAGUAGAUACAGUAUUUAUUAGGAAACGUCUCGGUUAAUUAUGUUAAUUGUGAAUGAUGUGUUUUACACGUCGGUGAUAUUGUGCUCAGAGCUAUGUUUGGGGGUUAAUUCCCAUUACAAAUAAAUAUAUUAUAAAU